CUCAGAGCUGCAGUUACAACACUUCACCUCUACCUGAUCCCAGAUGACAAGUGUGUGAGGCGGGCCAUUGAAGAGCAAGAAAACAAUUGGAAAUCAAAGCUUAUUCCCAAGCCUCCUCCAUUUAACCAGCUCUUCUUUGGCUGCACAUACCGAGUGACCAGCACAAAUUCUGUGGAGAUAAUGCCUGAAGCACACUUUCCAUUCUGCUACAAGAGUCCGAAAGAGCAGCAGCUCUUUCUCGAGAUCUACAUCGAGGACAUGACAGAGGAAGUUGGGCUCCUCAUGACAGACACCCGUGAUGACACCGUGGUCUGGAGGGCAUCACUGAGACCAGGUGAUAUUGCUCUUCCAGCCUCUGCCUUCAAGGCCUUGCCAGGUGCAGCCUUCAUGAAGAAGCACAAGACCAAGCUUUGCUCCAGGAUGGUGCAGCUCUCCACCAUUCUGCUACACUUACGGGAUGCAAAUGUCAUCAACAGCGAUGAAGAAGAGGAGGUGUAUAGUCAAGGUACGAGGCAAAGGAAGAACCAAUUUUUGCUGGAGCUAGUUGAGAAGAAAGGACUGGAAGCCCAGGAACAGCUGUAUCAGGUCCUCCUGAGGAAAGACCCAUACCUCAUCUCAGACCUGGAGAAGUGCACCAGCUAGGCCUGGAAGCAGACCGCUUGUGCUCUGAUUGCUCAUCUUAUGGGAGCAACAGAAGGGCAGUCAGGCUUAGCAGCACAUGAAUCCUGACCUUUCAGUGCCAAAUCCGUGGUGCUGAGCAGCAAUGAGCCUUCUGAAGCAGCCCCAUCUCAGGCCUGCCUUGCCUGGCUGACUCGGUUGCCAGCAGUGGAGGACCAGCGUCACGCCAGUCGCUGGUGCGCAGCUGCUGGAACAAGAGACCCUGGUUCCCAAUGCAGUGCCAAUACUUUGGACCUGUCUGCCUCCCUGAGACAGGGCCUCUGCCUCUCCAGCAGCUCCAGGCACCUUCUAGCUGAGGAGUUUCCAUCACAACAGUACCUGCAGCUCAGCCUCCCCAUCCUCAGUGUCCAUGGGCACCUCUUGUGGCUGGAAGAGGGGAGCUGCUUUACCACGCAGAGGGGUCUGCACAGGCUCAUGCACAAGCCGCAGCAAGCCAUAGAUGUUGAAGUGAAGCCAUAUCAACAUCAAUCCUUCCCCUCAUUUCCCUCCAGCCUAGUUUACCCAAAAUUCACCGAAGGAGCAAACAAGUCUCCUGACCCCAGCAGCAGCCAGGUGAAGAACCCCCUCCCAAAGAAGCCAC